AUGAACACCGGGAAGGACACGCUUAGGCGCUCAGUAGUGACUGCCGCAGUAGUAGAGGACCAACCUGCUGUACCACACGAGACGCGGCAUCCCAACCCACCCGUCACGGCAAAAGGUCCGCGAAAAGCCUACCGUCUUCUAGCUUCUCCCGUCCUGUCACGCCCCCCCCUACUCACCCGCGACCUCACGAGCUUCGAGAAAGCCUUCUACCUCUACCAGAAGCGAUUGAACGAGCGGUUGGCGCUGCCUUUCACGCGGUACUUCUAUUACAAAAAGGGGACGCCUAGCGACGAAGAAUGGAAGCGGAAGAUUCGUGCACGCAAGGCGGCGGCGAGAGAUAUUGGCGUGUACACUGCAUACGGACCGGAGGGUUGGAACGACGAGGUGUUGGUGGGCGACCGCACGGCAGACCGCGAGAGCAUAAUGGAGGCUCUGGCGCGGGAUGCGGAGGGCAAGGAUAUUGUUGAGAACGAGCGAGCGGGCGACGCCGAUAAAGAUGGACAGGCUGUGACGGGUGACGCAAGAGCGGGCGAGGGACAGAGAAAAGAGCUGCAGAAGAUAGUGGUUGAGGGGCCCAUGCCACGAAUCACGGAGGCGGACCGCACGAACGACCAGCGCAGUCUGAGCCGCAAGCUGGACCGGAGUCUUUACCUCCUAAUCAAGAACAAAGAAGGCCAAUGGCGCUUCCCGGAAGACCGAAUCUACGGCCGCGAGAACCUGCAUCAAGCCGCGGAGCGCAUACUCGUUCAGUCCUGCGGCAUCAACAUGAACACAUGGAUUGUUGGCAACCACCCUGUCGGACACCACGCGGCACGCUUUGAGUCACCAAUACUGUCGAAGAUAUCGCCGAAUCGGUUGGUCAGCACAUCGAACCAUGAGCUUGAGCAGGAGGAGUACGGUGAGAAGGUCUUCUUUAUGAAAGGCCGCAUCAUGGCUGGCCAAGCCGACAUAAAGAGCAACGAGUAUGGAGACAGCGAGUUCAGAUGGCUGGCGAAGGAAGAGGUGAAGGAGGUGGUGCAGCCGGACUAUUGGUGGAGUGUGCGGAAUAUGUUGGUUGUGAGGUGA